AUCCGGUAGUGGCACAUGGUUUGCGUCCGCCAUCUUGAAUCUUCCGGUUUUCUCUCGAUCCUUUAGCACGGUCGAUCACUAUUUUCGUCCCAAUAAGAUGGCGUUUAGAGCAGACCAAAGCACACAAGAGAAACUCACGCGUAUUGCCAUCGUCAGUACGGAUAAAUGUAAACCCAAGAGAUGUCGCCAAGAGUGCAAGAAAUCAUGUCCUGUCGUACGAAUGGGGAAGUUGUGUAUCGAGGUCACUCCCGAAAAAAAACUAGCUGCUAUUUCUGAACCCCUCUGCAUUGGCUGUGGUAUCUGUGCCAAGAAAUGCCCAUUUGAGGCAAUAACUAUCAUCAACUUGCCCAGCAACCUUGAGAAGGACACCACACACCGAUACGGUCCAAACUCCUUCAAGCUUCACAGGCUGCCCAUUCCCCGUCCUGGAGAGGUCCUUGGUCUUGUUGGGACUAAUGGUAUUGGCAAAUCAACUGCUCUUAAGAUUCUGGCAGGGAAACAAAAGCCAAAUCUUGGAAGACAUGAUACUCCUCCAGAUUGGCAGGAAAUUCUGCAGCAUUUUCGAGGAUCUGAACUUCAGAACUACUUCACCAAGAUUUUGGAAGAUGACCUCAAGGCAAUCAUCAAGCCACAAUAUGUGGACCAGAUCCCCAAAGCUGUCAAGGGAAGUGUGCUGUCAAUUUUGAACAGAAAGGACGAGACAGAUACUAAAGGCACCAUAUGUGAACAGCUUGAUCUGACGGCAGUGAUGGAGCGUAAUGUUGAUGAGUUGUCUGGUGGAGAGCUCCAACGAUUUGCUUGUGCUGUGGUGUGCAUACAAUCUGCUGAUGUUUACAUGUUUGAUGAGCCUUCUAGUUAUCUGGAUGUGAAGCAGCGUCUCAGGGCAGCUACCACAAUUCGCAACCUUCUGAGUGCUGACAGGUACAUCAUUGUUGUGGAGCAUGACUUGAGUGUACUUGACUACUUAUCUGACUUCAUCUGCUGUCUCUAUGGAACACCAGGAGCCUAUGGUGUAGUCACACUGCCAUUCAGCGUCCGUGAAGGUAUCAACAUUUUCCUUGAUGGCUUUGUGCCCACUGAAAAUCUGCGGUUCAGGGACACUUCUCUGGUCUUUAAAGUUUCAGAAACUGCUGACAAGGAAGAAGAAAUCAAGCGGCUGCGCCGAUAUGCAUAUCCUUCCAUGCACAAGACACUGAAGGAUUUCCAGAUGAAUAUUGAUGCUGGUGAAUUUACAGAUUCUGAAAUCAUUGUGAUGUUGGGAGAAAAUGGAACAGGCAAAACCACCUUCAUCCGCAUGCUUGCAGGGAAACUCAGUCCAGAUAAUGAUGAGGAAGUCCCAAUGCUGAAUGUGAGUUACAAACCACAGAAGAUCAGUCCAAAGUCUCAGGGCACAGUGCGGCAGCUCCUACACACCAAGAUCCGUGACUCCUACAUACAUCCACAAUUUAUUGCAGAUGUCAUCAAACCCCUGCAGAUUGAGCAGAUUAUGGACCAAGAAGUUCUCAAUCUAUCCGGUGGUGAGCUGCAGAGAGUUGCCUUAACCAUCUGUCUUGGCAAGCCUGCCGACGUUUACCUGAUUGAUGAGCCCUCAGCUUACCUUGACUCAGAACAGCGUCUGGUGGCUGCCAAAGUCAUUAAACGAUUCAUCCUCCAUGCCAAGAAGACUGGCUUUGUAGUGGAGCACGAUUUCAUUAUGGCUACUUAUCUUGCCGACCGGGUUAUUGUGUUUGAAGGAAUUCCAUCUGUCAAGACCCUCGCUAACACCCCGCAAACCUUGCUGACAGGAAUGAAUCGCUUCCUAGAGUCCCUAGAGAUCACCUUUAGAAGAGAUCCCAGCAACUUCAGGCCUCGAAUUAACAAGCUCCACUCCGUCAAGGAUACUGAACAGAAACGUUCGGGGAAUUACUUCUUCCUUGAAGACUGAGGCUUGCUAAAGGCAACACCAAGGACACCCAUCGCCCAAGAUGCCGCUCCCAGGGCGAGACGCCCUUUCGACACCGGGGGAGAGGCAGGGACGCUUGCCGGCCGGUCCGGGGGAAUGUGCUUAUCGCGGGCUGCUUCUUGGGGGGCUUUUUGGGUGCAGCAAAUUGUACACGCGCAUUUGUUUAAUUUCGAAUUGAUUAGUAUAUAAGAUUGGUAGUUGUGGUGUAUUAUGUAUUAAUCAUCCUUCAUCUUGACACUGGCAUGUGUAUGACCUGUCACGUCGACUUUAACAAAAGAUGCCAUCGCUUACCAGGCCAAUGCUUCAAGCAGGUUUAAAUAUUAAUUUACCUUUCCUAAAUCAAGAAGGAGAGCUACACUAGAAUAAGAAAGCGGAUCGGGAAUUGAAACUACCUUUUUAUAGAAUAUUUCUCGAGGCUCUUCUGUUCUUGACAGCUGGUUGUUUUUGUCCUAGUUCAUAAACGUGUUGUUAUUGUUCGGAAUGUGUUAUGUGGGAGAUGCGCGUGGACAAUUUGCUGCCCGGGACGCACCGCCGGAAUAAACAACAAUUCAACCUGUUCCAUAAGGAACAACAAGAGAGUUCCCAAAAAUACGGCCUUGUAUCUUUGAAAAUCAAAUUUACAAGUGCUUGGAUUCUGUCAGUACAGAGAUCGCUAAGGUCCUUCUGCGACAAUUUUGCGGAGUGCUAAGGGUACAAGUGAUAUCCCAGUCCCCCUACCCACCCACCCUCAGUAGCAGCCCCACGCCUUCCCCCCAUUAGAAAGAUCUGGUUCUUACGGACAAGUAUAAGGAAAUUGGAAAGAUGGACAAUGCAACAGAUUCGUGACCAAAUAGGGACCUCCACAAUUUCGCACCAUCUGUGUGAAUGGUAUUUAUAGAAAUUAUUCAUUUAUUUUUAUGAAAAAAUCACGGCUAUUCAUAGUAUGUAUGCGGCCGUGAACUAGAAAUGUUAUGUGAAGCUACGAAAUAAAUUAAUGUGCGCGA